CGAGGAUUUGCAAAGGCAGCCGCGGCCGCAUUCUGGAGUCUGGCCGCACCCCCACAUUGCAGUUGACUCUGCUGCCGCCACAGAAGAUAGGUAUUGAAGUUGGUAUACCGUAGGCAGGUUCUUCCUACAUCGUCAACUCUGGAUCUUGGAUCAGGCCUGAGAGCCCUGCAUGAGGAGGCUUGAAAGCAAUGGUGGUCAUAGGCCGCAGCCUUUGACAUUGCAAGAUAUAUAGCACAAGGAUACAGAGAUUUGCGUGCGAACAAGCAAGCAUUUGGGAUCUGUUCCUGUCCUGCACUGGUAGUCAUUCUAAGUCAUGAUGAAGAACCACACAAGAUAAAACUUUCAACCUGUGGGGAAGAAAAGUGGUGAAGAUUGAUUUGAAAGAGCACGUGAUUGAGUCGGCAUGCAUGAAUAUUCACCAGUCAUGAGAGAGAGUAGAAGUAGACUUGCAGACAGGGGGAGCUAGCAAAACCUAAGCACUGCCAUGGCCGAGGCCUGAAGAGGAAGAAAAACUUCAGGAAUGUUGCGCAAUGUUGGCCUCGUUCCAGCAGGGGCACAUCACUCAAGAAGAAUAUGAUCAACACAAGCGCACGCUCAUUCUGGCUCUCUCAAAACCGAUUCUUGGGAGCCAGCAUGCCGCGUCUGCCCCAUCCAGGCUGGCGCUGCUCACGGAGCUAAAGAACAGAGGCUGCAUCCUGGACAUUGAAUAUCAGUGGGCCAGGGUGCCCAUAGUCUGCCAAGUGGAUCUGGCAAGGAGACCACGGAAGGAGAAUAGACCGCCUGUUGGGAGAGGUAGCGGGACCGAGGGGGGUGCCAAGCAGAGCCGAGGAGACAGGACUGGCCACCACCCUUACGGAGGACCGCUGCAAAACAGGGGGAGCAACGGUUCCUCCGCGCCCCCUCUACAGCCCUCCAAGUACGGUCCCAACAUCGAGCACGCAGCGGAGCACCCAUUGGCCCCGGGCACCAAGGAAGCCUUUCUCCUGCACCGAGCGUCGCUCAGCGGAGAAGGAUCUGAGUUCGUCAAAGGCAGGCGGAUCAAGCGCCAGCCGUCAUUUGCGGGGCUGGGGCAUGCACGGCGGUCCGCAUCCUUCAGCGCUGGGGAGUCGAGCGCUUCGGAGGCCUGCACAUCUGCGAAGAAGGACCUCCGGUCUUCCCUCAGCUUCGGGUCAGCCCCGACCCCGGACGGCCAACGGAAGACGUUCAGACGCUCUCUCAGCUUUGGCGGAAGGACCACCCCAACCCCAGACCCCUCUCCGCGCGAAUACGGCCCACCCUCCAGACCCACAGAUCCCCCCGUCAGUCUCAGAUUGCCCCCUUUGGCGCAGAGAGCCCCCCAUGCCCGUCGACUGUCCCUCCUCGAAGCUGCGACCGGGCUUGUGCGAAACCCCAAGGAGUUUGCAACGCCCGAGCAGGGGGCGACAGACAGCGAGCAAACGAGAACCGCACGGAGGCACCGAAAGGAAACUUCCCAACUGAAAACGCUGCAAGUAGUUGAGUCAGAGCCGGAACCGUCUACGUCGAAGCCGAGAAGCUGGGCUUCGAAAAACAAACAAUCUGCGCAGAAGUCAGGAAGUUUCGGCAGUGCGGAAGACUUCAGGUCCGGGGAGCAGAGACGGAACCUUUUGCAGAGAGGCGGUUGGAGAGGCGAGGGGGCCGGCAGCGGAACGUCUGGCUCCGGGUUUGAAUCGGGGCGCUUGGAGACCAGUGAGGGGGUGCCACGUGUCAAUGACAGGCGGCGGUCUGCUUACAGCAGCGGUGAAGAGGGGUUCUGGCGUAGAGGCACGGGGAGUUCUGCCACGGAAUGGGAGAGUGGGGCGGAAACGAGAAGGAAGGAGCAUGGAGCGUCGGCUCAGUCGCUGUCGGGACGCACGGCAAGAGGUUACAGUACGGAGAGUGGGCUAGAGAGCGAAGACGGGCUGCCACGUGGCAGCCGAGCGGCACGGCGCAAGGGGACGGUCGAAAAGGUUGCCCGGCAGCUGUUGGAGAAUGGGCACGUGUUGCUCAAGGACUGGAACAAGAAGGGGAUGAAACUGGUGGGGCUAGUCAAAGUUGACAAGGGUGCGAGGAGCCGGGGGGGGAGCUGCGCGACAACGGACGACGACGGCGAUCUCAAUGACGUCAAGCAAGGGUUUGGCGCCUGCGACCUAAAGGACGCCCCCAGCCGAAACACGUUUCUCUCUGGCUCCAAGCUACAGACAGCGAAGCGGAGGGUCCAAUCGACGCUGGACACGUGGCGGCGCGAAGCGUGUGGUCCCCAGCCCCCAGAGCACUUUCUCACGAACGGUCAGAUUGAGUUGCUCGCGGAGCUGCUGCCGCAGACUGCGGACGAUCUCACCCCCGUGCUCUCGAGCUCGUGGACCCACCGGCACGGCCCGUACGUCCUUACCAUAGUUCGCGACGCUCUGACCGCCGGCCAAGUCCCCACACGUCAGCCCCCCGUCGUGACGUCAGCCUCGGCACCCCCCCGGAGGCCGGCCCCCCCUCUGCCCAGCGCUUCCAUCAACCCCCCAGAAGCAGUCCCGAGCGUCAGUGAGCAAAGCGCCCGGUCGUAUGGCACGUGGGCUCGCAAAGGCAGGCGGAGCAAGCACCCGCCGUGUGACGCCGAGAAGGCGUGCCCGCCAAGAGUUACCGCGGAGAGCGACGAGGACCUGGACGUGUUUUCUCCCGGAGUCGGGUCUCUUCCUCCUGAAAGAGUCGGCAACCCCAGGGCGGGCCACGCCAACCGGCAGGACUACUUGCGACGCAGCCAGGAGAAGGUUCUAAGACGCAGCUUGGACGCGAUCUCGAGAACGAGCCCGGUGAAAACCACGCUCAACCUUUGACGACCCUGCUCGCUUUAAACAAGUCUUCGACCUCAUCCGCGGCAAUGCGUCACAUUUCAACGUUUCAGACAGCCGACCUAUUCAGAUAGAGGAGCCGUCGACCAGUCCCCGCCAGUUAGGAAGUAUUCCCUGAUGCCGUCGUGUUGCAAGGAUAACAGCAGAGCUGUUUCGCGUCAAGACCGUCUCAUUUGUACGCAACAUUAAGUCGCAUCGCAGUAUCCUAGGAAGCUAACCUGAGAGAGAAACAGAGUAUCAUCACCGCACGCAAGAACGAUCAUCGAAUUGAUUUGCUGAAGCAAGCCAACAAAACCAGUGUCACACUCUUCGAGCUGUAAUUGCAGUCCGUUGCAUCGAUAUCUAAUGUCUUGACAUACAAGAAUCAGUUGGCGCCG